UUCAACUGUUGAAAGAAAAGAACGGAAUCUGUUUCUCUCUCUAAUCUCUCUCUCUACUUCUUCUUCUUCAUUGAAACAAUGAAGGCACAGCAGCAGCAAUCGAAGCUGAAAACCGCCCCACGCCCGUUAUUUUCUUGCGGGUUGUUUCGUCAUUGUGCUCGAACCGUUCUCAGUCCAACCACUCCAUCUUCUCCAUCUCGUCCCCUUACCCAUUUCACUCCGCCGCCGCAGCAGCAGCCUCACUCAUCAAACCACCUUCUUCCGCCGCCACCGCCGCCGCCGCCGCAAUCGGAAUCCGAAUCAUCAUCUUCUUCAAACACUUCACAGAGCUUCACACAAUGGAGAUUUCCUCUCACUAAUUCACCCGUCUCUUCAAUUCCACAACCACCGUCUCCACCACCACCACCAAUUCCUUUGCCGGAACCGAUCCCACUUACGGAUCUUAAAGAACUCUUUUAUGUUGUCGAAAUCCAGCUCAGUUCCGGUUCAGAAUCAGACCGGUUCAAGGCUAUUCAUAUGCUCGAGCGAUCUCUUGUUCCAAAUCCUCCGGCGGUCGCCGAUGAUGACGCUCACUCUGCCUGCCCAGUUGCAGUUAUGGUGGCGGUGCUCGACUCCCUUAAAGACACACACACGCCGGCUGCCAAAUCAGCCACCAAGGUACUUUUAGCACUUUGUUUGGCGGAGGGGAAUCGGAGUGUGGCAGUCGAGAGUGGAGCGGCAGCAAGUAUAAUAGAAUCGCUAUCGGCGAUGGAGAUUCCGGCGGCGGAGAGAGCUUUAGCGGCGUUAGAACUUCUCUGUACGGUAGCAGAAGGAGCUGCAGAAGUUAGAGCCCACGCUUUAGCAGUGCCUAUAAUGGUAGAUGUAAUGGGAAAAAUAACAACAGCCAGAGGUAAAGAAUACGCGAUUAGCGUUCUCGCCGUCAUUUUCUGCGCCAACGACGGCGGCGGUGGCGGUGGAGAUGAACCGGCGGAGGCGCCGGAGUGGGUGGCGAAGGCGGUGGAGUUAGCGCUUCAAAGCGGCGAUUGUACUGCUAGAGGGAGGAGGAAAGGUGCACAGUUAUUGAAAACACUUGAGGAGAUUGGACGGCCUGAUUUGGUUGUGCAGGUUGAGCAGUAGAAAUGAAUCAACGGCUGUGAUUCAACGGACAUGGUUGUGUCAUUUUCAUGUAUGUUUUGUUUAGUCAAAAGUGGUUUGGUCAACAGUAGUAAUAACUACAGUACGCCAACUGUUGGGUGCUUGUAUUUUUAUUUUAUUUAUUAUUUAUUUAAAAUUUCUUUU